AUAUCUAUGGUUUUUUUUUAAUAUUGUUAGUACAUAUAUAAAUAUGUAUAAUUUUUUCUAUAUAAAAAAUAUUAAAAAGAAUAGAUACAUAUAUAGAAAAAGGGAUGAAAAAUGGUAGGAGGAUUAGAGGGAUUGCAAGAGUUCAGUUGUCGAGAACUGGCUCCGGAUCAAUAUGUUUCCUUGACAGACUAUCGAGAAUGUUAACAGCUUAUAUAUAUAUAGGAUUAAUUAGUUAUCAUCUUUUAGAUUUCAUUAAAUAGACAUCUUUAACAGAUUCAGAACAUCUAUUUACCAGUUUAUUCUUUUUUUUUAUUCUUCUUCUUUUGCUUCUUAAAUAUCUCUUUAUUCAAUUGAUUUAAUAUCAGUGGGAUGUAUUCUACCUUGUGUCAAUAUCCAUUUAACAAAGAGAAUGAAAUUCAUUUCGUUGAAGUGGAUUUGUCAGACACAAACGACACCCAUGAUACUCCAGUCUUACUUCCAGAAACACCACAAGAUCCCAUCAGCUCAACCAUUGAAAUGGUCGAGUCCAAGCCAGAUAUUUCUAUCUGGCAGGCUGUUGAACUAGGCGACCUAACUUCCCUGCAGUACUUUCUUAAUCACUCUUCAGACACUUCUUUAUUGGUCAAUACCCGUGAUCCUGCUACAGAAUACACUCUCUUGCACAUCGCUGUCUCAAGCCAUCAGAAUCCUUACCGCCUAU